AUGGAGAAUGAUUUGGGUAAUGAUGCUACUCUCACUGAUCAUAUGGAGAAUGACUUGGUUAAUGAUGCUAAUGACUUUGGUAAGUUUGGUGAGUUAGAGAGUGACAAUGAUGAAAGUGAUGAUAGUGAUUUUUUUGUGGACAUUGACAAUAUAUUGGAUGAUAUUAAUGUGGAUAUGCAAGACUUUGAAAUGAAUAUCGAUAAAGAUGUGGAAUGGUUUGGAGGGUCGUCUAACACUGUGGUUGAUGAAGGCACACAUGAUGAAGCUUUAGAAGUGAUUAACACUGACUUUUUAGCAUCUGAUUCAUCAUCAGAUGAGGGGAUUAAUGGUCAAAGAAAGAAGUUAAUAAGAGCAAUUCAAAGGGCACAUGAGAAUGAUGAAGCACUUAUUAGUGAACCCUUUUAUAAUUUUCAAAAAUAUGGUUCAACAAAGGAGUUUAAGGAUAAGGUAAAACUCCAUGCCAUAGAGACUCGAAGGGAGUUGGCCCUUGAAAAAAAUGACAAGAAUAGAGUGAGAUGGGUUUUUAAGGGAACAAUACCAAAUCUUGGGCCUAAUGUAGAAGUCAACGAUGAAGAAGAAAUAUGUCCUUGGGUCUUAUUAGCUAGUAAAUGGAAAAAAGAUGUCAACUGGACAGUUAAAACGCACAACAAAGUUCAUAAAUGUCUUCAAACUAGAACAGUAAAAGCAUGUAUGUAUAAAUUCCUCUCUUCUAACAUUGUUGAACAGGUUGAAAGUGACCCUACUAUUCCAAUUAGGGCUUUGCAAGAACAGCUACAACGGAGGUUUAAGGUAGAUCUUUCUAGGAUGCAAACAUUUAGGGCAGAAUCUGAGGCUCUAAACCUUGUGCAAGGAGAUUUCGUUACUCAAUAUAGUUUACUCAGAGAUUACAUUGUUGAGUUGCAAACUCGUAACCCAGAUACGAUUAUUAGGGUUGAUGUUGAAAGCGAAGGAAAUCCACACACUGAAACGAGGACAUUCAGACGCAUUUACAUAUGCUUAGGAGCUUUAAAGAAAGGCUUCGCAGCUGGAAAGAGGGAUUUUCUUGGCUUUGAUGGUGCUUUCAUGAAGGGUCCAUUUCCAGGACAAAUUCUUUCAUCCGUGGGACUAGAUGGUAAUAAUGGCAUAUAUCCAUUGGCAUAUGAGGUGAUUGAAACAGAGAACAUCAGUUCAUGGACUUGGUUUUUGAGUUAUCUUGGGGAGGAUCUUGGCUUGAAUACUAAUUCUAAUUUCACUUUUAUAACAGACAGACAAAAGGGUAUUCUAGAUGCAAUUUCAACCUUGUUUCCUUGUGCUGGAAAUCGUUACUGUGUUCGUCACAUUCGGGAUAACAUUAGGAAGCAAUGGAGGGGUAAACCUUUCGAAGACCUCUUAUGGACAUGUGCAACUGCAACACAUGUACAACAGUUUAACAAAGGCAUGGAAGAGCUAAAUAAAUUAAACAAGGAUUAUUAUGAGUGGCUUACGAAGAUACCACCUCAGCACUGGUCUAGGUCCCAAUUCACUGGGAGAGCACAUUCUGAUGUGAUUCUUAAUAACUUGUGUGAAACAUUCAAUGGAAAACUAAAUGAGGGUCGUGAUAAACCAAUUAUUACUUGCCUAGAGUUCAUUAGGGAAUAUAUAAUGAAGAAGAUUGUGAAUGUAGAAAAGGCCAUUGGGAAAUGUAUUGGUCCUUUGACACCUACAGCUAUGCAUACUUUGGAAAAUAUGAAAAAAAAGGAAGAAGAUUAUAGAUCUGUUUUUUUGUGGAAAUGGUAA